AUGCAGUACCUCACCAAGAUAAGCCUGAAAAGUUCUUCUAUUCUCCGUGAACAGUUUGCACCUGUGUUUGAAGCACUGAAGCAAGUACCUAGCCGCGAUGACUCAACAGAAGACCGAUUAGCGCAAAUACUUGUUGAUAUCCAGGAGGGUAGUCAGCAAGCUGAAAGUGAAGAAGGGGAAGAUAAUGAUGAAGAAUUAAGUGACAACGAAAGAGAUAUCGAUUUGAUGGCAAGUGAUGACGAUGACGACGAGGAAGAAAUAGAACCGGAGAAUGAGGAAGAUCGCGCGUUUCUCAAUGAUGAGGUAACAGAAAACGACCCUUCCUUUUACAGAAGACUGAACGUUGAGUUGAAUACUGAGAGGAGACAAGAGAGGAGACAACAGCGAGGUGAGCUAGCCCAGUACGAAGAUGUGUUGUUUGGUCAAGAGCAGACUAGCGACAACAAAGUCUUAACAAAGCUAGCUGAAAAACUGAACGCAUACUUACAAGAACUGCCCGUGCUAGGCUUCAACUCUGGCAAGUACGAUCUCAACGCUGUGAAAGAAUUUGUAUUUCCCUACCUCAUUGAGUCUCAACCCAUCAAGUUCACUGUCAAAAGAAACAGCAACCAUAUGUGUCUCAAGACAAACUCCUUAAAAUUUCUGGACAUUUCGAACUAUGUCGCGCCGGGUUUUAGCUAUGACCAGUUUCUACGAGCGUAUGAAUGCGAGCAAACCAAAGGUUUCUUCCCUUACGAGUGGAUCGACAGCCUGGACAAGCUCAAAGAAACAUCUCUGCCCUUGCAUGAAGCUUUCUACUCAAGUCUGAAGAACCAAAACAUUACAGAAGAAGAAUAUGAGUACUGCCAGCAAGUAUGGGAAGAAAAUGAAAUGUCCACCUUUCAAGAGUUCUUGAUCUGGUACAAUAAUUUGGAUGUCGUUCCUUUCCUCGAGGCUGUAGAGAAAAUGAGUCAGUUCUGGCAGGAGAGAAAGAUCGAUAUGUUUAAAGAUGGCAUUUCUGUACCUGGUCUCACCCUCAAGUACCUCUUCUCAUACCUAUCACCUCAAACUUACUUCAGUCUCUUCGAUCAAGCGAACAGUGAUCUCUACCAUCUGAUCAAAGACAACCACACGGGCGGCCCAAGUAUUAUUUUCCACCGAUAUCAUGAAGCCGGCAAAACAAAGAUCAGAGAAGCAGAGGAAGGCGAGGCUGCUAAGCUGUGUGAGAAGAUCGUGGGGUAUGACGCGAACGCUUUGUACCUCUGGGCGCUCAUGCAAGAUAUGCCCACGGGAAGUUAUACGAGACGCCUGGCGGACAAUGAGUUCGAACCGAAAAGUUCUGUACGCUUGGCUAUUGAAUGGUUGGAAUGGGUGGCGCACAAAGAGGGAAUUCACAUCCGACAUCAGUUAAACAAUACAGAAAAGCGCAUCGGUGGUCGUAAACUGCCUGUAGAUGGUUUCAACGCGCAGACGCAAACUGCGUACCAGUUUCACGGCUGUUAUUGGCACGGUCAUGACUGUGCUCUCAACCGAGGGAAAGAGUUUAACGAGAAACGCAAGAAACCUAUGGCUGAGAUCAGAGAAGAAACGAGAGCCAACACGGAGUAUAUCCGCAGCAAAGGGUACAACGUGGUGGAAAUGUAUGAAUGUCAGUGGAGAGAAAUGAAGAGAACCAACCGAGAACUACGGCGUUUUAUUGCCACCGAAGUGAGAAGAACCCUGGAUCAAGUCAAGAUCAUGAGUCCCGAGCGAAUAUUGAGCGAGGUGCGACAUGAGCGUUUGUUCGGGUGCGUGGAAGUAGAUAUUCGUGUACCAGAUCACUUAAAGGAAAAGUUUAGUGAAAUGUGCCCGAUCUUCAAGAACACAGAAAUCAGCCGCGAUAAUAUUGGUGAAUUUAUGAAAGCGUACGCUGAGGAGCACAACAUCAUGGCUCAACCCCGUCGCAGUUUGAUUGGGAGCAUGAAAGGAGAAAAGAUCCUGCUGGCCACACCCCUCCUCAAGUGGUACCUGGAACAUGGUUUAGAGGUCGCGAAAGUGCCCCAAGUGAUCGAGUUCACCCCUCAACCCUGCUUCAAACCGUUCGGGGAUGCGGUGUCAGACGCGAGGAGAGCCGGAGAUGCGGACCCCAGUAAAGCCAUCAUUGCAGAUACCAUGAAAUUGGUAAGUUUUUUUUUGUUUUUUUUUUUGUUGUUGUUUCAUUCUUUCAUUCAUAAAGGGGUGGGAACAAUAUACAUUUUCACGUAUAGAAAAAACUUAUAUCUUUGUUUAUCUCUCAGGUGGGCAAUUCAGGCUAUGGUAAGACGAUCACCAACCAACUGAAACACAGAAACGUGGAGUAUUGCAGUGACGCUCAGGCCAGCCGAAAAGUGAACACCCACCUUUUCCGGAAACUAGAAAACAUCACUGAAGAUACUUAUGAAGUAGAGUCUUGCAAAAAAAUCCAUUAA